GACAGUACAGUCAGCUUGAUUUUUAUUGAGAAACCACGAUGGAUCGAUGGCGAGGACGUAUAGCCCUGGUGACAGGGGCGUCUGCUGGGAUAGGUGCUGCCAUAGCCUCCGCCCUGGUCGAGGCUGGCUUGAAGGUGGUUGGCUGUGGGAAGGACGUGGAGAGAAUACAGGAUCUUGCGGUCGAACUGAAAGAGAAUGUUGGUGCGUUAUUUGGUGGCUCCUUGCUCCCUCUGAGAUGCGAUGUGAGCAAGGAAGACAAUAUCCUGACCAUGUUUGAGACGAUUAAAGAGAUGUACGGCGGGGUGGACAUCUGUGUCAACUGUGCCGGGUUCUCACAUACGGAUGCCUCGUUACUUGAGGGAAACACGCAGAUCUGGCGCGAAAUGUUGGAGGUUAAUGUCUUGGCAUAUAGCAUUGUCGCCAGAGAAGCAAUCAAGUCGAUGCGAAUACGAGGCGUCCGGGAUGGACAUUUGGUUUAUAUCAAUAGUUCAGAUGCGCAUUAUACUCCGAGGGACCCACUCUGGCAUUUCUACUCGUCCACCAAAGCAGCCAUCAAAUGUCAAGUUGAAGGCAUGAGAUCGCACCUGAGACAACUCAAAAUAGAUAAUAUCAGAAUCACGGCAAUUAGUCCCGGGUUGGUGAAGAGUGUGGAUGAUGAUGACGAAGUCGAUAAUGAUGAUAAUCCUAACCAUGACCAUGGGCUUUUGGAGUGUUCCGAUGUAUCAGACGCCGUUGUAUAUGCACUUGGGACACCAUCACAUGUUCAGGUUUACGACUUAAUACUGGCAGGGAGGAACGAAGAUUCAUUCAAGAAUGGCGACACAGACGACAGCAAAGCUUGAAGGACAACUGCCUCAUCACAACUGAUGUGGAUAUAUAAUACAAAACAGAAUAUGUUAUCAUGUCGCAUUCUGAGACAGUCUUAAAUAUGAGCAGUGUCUCUUUGAGGCAAACUGAAGGGGUCAUUUAUGACUGCCUGACGUUUCACACAAGCUUUUGGGAUGUGCAUAAUAUUGGAGUGUCUCGGAGAAACAAAGCAACAAAAGACAAGAUAUCUGUACAAAAAUCUUUAUUGAAAAAAUUGCAUUAUUAGACUUUAAAACAUGUCUCAUCUCAGGGGCAUUUUGAAAAUUGGAACCUAUCGUCACAAACCGCAAGUCAGUAGUAUGAAAUGGGCCUGAUUGACUGUACAAAGGUUUGCUCUCUCAUUUUGUAAGGAAGUCCAACCUAAGUAGAAGAACAUCUAAAAUUUCACAUAUUCUGGUUGAGCUCUUUCACUACCAGUGAUCACAAUGCACAGAGUCACUUCUACACAUGACAUUCCAGCGUCAGCUUAACCCAUCUCUUCCAGUAUAUUAGCCAAUGUUACUGUUAACGUUGAUAGAGCAACCUGGCCCAAUGCAACACAUGUCAAUACACAGAAACAUUUUAUCAA